AUGCGAGAUCCAUUUUUGGACAUCGAAAAGUCGGACACGACGAUUUCUGAAGUCAAUGAAAACAGGCCAAGAAGAAAUCAGAUUGCAAUUGCCUUGUGUUUGUCUCUCUUUCUUGUCGGAGGCGCAGGUUUUACGUGGACCAGCUAUUUUACUGGCGAAGAAACAGAAACCAAAAGCAAUGACAAAGACUUCGUUGUGACGUCGAAAACCGGCGUCGUGGCGGCCGACCACGAGACAUGUUCAGACAUUGGCGCGGACGUGCUAAGACGACUCGACGGCUCCGCCGUAGACGCCGCAGUGGCCGUAGCAUUUUGCUUAGGUGUCGUGAAUCCUACGUCUAGUGGAAUCGGUGGUGGAGCCUUCAUGGUCGUCGGCUCUGCAUCCGGUUCGGCGAUAGCUUAUGACAUGCGAGAAACCGCUUCUUCCACUGCAUACAAGGAAAUGUUCGAGGGCAAAGUGGACAAGCAACAAAAAGGACCAUUGUCUGUAGCAGUUCCAGGAGAGGUUGCCGGUCUUUACCAAGCGUGGACGAACAACGGCCGCCGUGUCCAGUGGAAACAGCUGGUCGAGCCGUCUAUUAAACUUGCUCGAGACGGUUUCGUGGUUGGUCCGCAUCUCGCCUUCGCGUUAUCCACCAACGAGGAAAAGAUCAGGAAUGAUACUGGUUUAAAGAGUGUUUUCGUUAUCGGAGACAAACUGUUGACGAAAGGUGAUACAUGUAAGAACAUCGAACUCGCUGAGACCUUGAAAAAAGUGGCGCAGAACGGGAUGAAAGCGUUUUACCAAGAUGAUGUAGCGAAAAAUCUUGUAAAUGAUCUGAUGAAGGCUGGAGGGAACAUGACGUUGGAAGAUUUGAGGAACUAUAAAGUUAACGUGACGGUUGCAAUGGUUGUAAAUGAUGUUAUGGGGUUUAAACUACAAGGACUGUGGCCUCCGUCUAGUGGAACGCCCGGUUUUGCAAUGGUUAUGAAUAUAUUGGAGCAAUACAAAUAUAUAGAUGGUAUUGAUAAGAAUCUUUUUCUGCAUCGAGUUAUAGAAGCCAUAAAGUUUAUGCUUGCAGCUCGAAUGGAUCUUGGAGAUCCUGCGUUUGUUGAGGGGAUAUCUGAAGUUGUGAAAAAUAUGACCUCUAAGAGUUGGGCCCAAAAGAUUCAGGAAAAGAUAUCCGAUGACAAGACUUACCCACCAGAUUAUUACCGCAGCAAAUACAAACAGCUCAAGGAUGAAGGGACGAGCCACUUCUGUGUAGUGGAUAAAGAUAGAAACGUUGUGUCGAUGACAACAACUGUGAAUCACGCGUUCGGGUCAGGGUUUAUGUCGACUUCUACCGGUAUUAUACUCAACAACCAGAUGGCUGAUUUCUCGGUAACAUCCGAGGAAUCUGCACCGCCCGCGAAUUACAUCGAGGCAAACAAGAGGCCUUUGUCUUCCAUGAUGCCUUUAAUCAUCACAAAGGACAAUGAGCUAGUCGGAGUUAUUGGAGCGAGCGGCGGAAUCUAUAUAAUUCCGGCGGUAAUCCAAGUGUUCCUCAAUCACUUUGUCUUGAAUAUGAGUCCUCUAGAGGCUGUGAAGAGUCCAAGAGUGUAUCACAAGUUGGAACCAAACCAAGUGUUAUACGAAAACUGGACAGUGUACAAUCAAGAUCACAUUUUGCUUAACAAAGAGACUCGAGACUUCUUGAAGACGAAAAAACAUGAACUAGUGUCUACAUCAAUGGGAGCCACUGUUCAGUUUGUUGUUCAAGACAGACAAGUUCUGACGGCAGUUAGUGAUCUCCGGAAAGAUGGGAAGCCAGCUGCUGCUGAUGCUGCUCCAACUCUUGCUCCUGCUCCUUCUCCUAUGUUUUGA